GUUUCGAAUUAAAAGGGCUGCUCUUAGUGGUGUUGUGCGACGCGAAACAACAACGAAACAAUGAUUAAUUCACCACCGCCAAAUAAAUCCAUCCGUUUUUGAUUACGCGUUUCCUGCUUCUCUUAGGUAAUCCUGUUUCGACGAACGUAUAUGGCGGUGUGAGUGUUGUACCCCGUGGAACAACAACAAAACACUUGUGUCGUAUUUCAGGGUGAGACGAUAUUGUAUAGAAACAUAAUUGCUGCCGAGCAGUGUAAAGACGAGGACGGUUUUUUGUUUUGUUUUGUCGAGUUUUCAUGGACGUUAAUGCAGUUAAGAGGUACUUUUAGUGUGUUGUUGACAUUCAACACUGUUGGAACGAACAAAGAACCGACACGCAAGUGUAACUCGAUUCUUGUUCGCUCUCACCUAAGAUAAUUUAUGUUUAAACCUAAAAAACACCCACAAUUACAUACAACAAUUCGUUUUAAUCAUUCAUUUAAAAACUUUGCUGGACUCAUCCAGUGCCUCUAGUUACAUUAGACGUCGUAACCCCGGACAAAUGGCCGAAGUGUACGUCCGAGUGGCCGAGGAGGAGAACGAGGAGCCAAUGGAGAUCCCGUCCGAGGACGACGGCACCGUUCUGCUGUCGACGGUGUCGGCCCAGUUCCCUGGAGCGUGCGGCCUCCGGUUCAGGAGUCCCGUGUCCCAGUGCAUGCGUGGCGUGCGGAUCGUCGAGGGCGUCCUGCACGCCCCGGAGACUGGUUGGGGGAACAUGGUGUACGUGGUCAACUACCCGAAAGAUAACAAAAGGAAAAUGGAAGAAAUCGAUGCCUCAUCAGCUGUGAAAAUGAAGCGGGGAGACAUGAAGACAUCUGACCUGAUCGUGUUGGGUCUUCCUUGGAAAACUACAGAGCAAGACCUGAAGGACUACUUCAGCACUUUUGGCGAAGUCAUCAUGGUACAGGUAAAACGAGAUGGCAGGUCAGGAAACUCCAAAGGGUUUGGCUUUGUGCGGUUCACAGAGUACGAAUCGCAAGAAAAAGUCAUCGCCCAGCGCCACAUGAUUGACGGCAGAUGGUGCGACUGCAAAUUCCCCAACUCCAAGGUGAAUAUGGUAAUGUCCUCGCAAGCACAACACUCCAUGGCAACACAUUUAAUGGUGUUGAGCACCUGUUUUUCUAAGAUGGUACUAAUGUUGUCUUCACAGCAAGGCCCAGACGAGCCGCUGAGGAGCCGCAAAGUGUUCGUGGGACGUUGCACGGAAGACAUGACCACUGACGAGCUGAGGCAGUUCUUCAUGCAGUACGGAGAAGUCACAGAUGUCUUCAUCCCCAAGCCGUUCCGUGCAUUUGCCUUUGUCACGUUUGCAGAUGAUCAGGUUGCUCAAUCUCUAUGCGGUGAAGACUUGAUCAUCAAAGGCGUUAGUGUCCACAUCUCAAACGCAGAACCCAAACACGGCAACAGGCAGUUUGACCGCACCGGGCGUUUCGGAAACGGCUUCGGCGCCCAGGCUUUCGGGGGCAGCCGUAGCGGCAUGGGGAGCGGCGCCAACAGUAACAUGGCCAAUUUCGGUUCCUUCAACCUGAACCCGGCAAUGAUGGCGGCGGCGCAGGCGGCCCUGCAGAGCAGUUGGGGGAUGAUGGGCAUGCUGGCCAGCCAACAGCAGUCAUCCUCGUCGGCCAGUGGCACCAGCGGCACCAGCUCCAGUCGAGACCAGAGUCAGUCGUUCAGCGCCGGCAACAGCAACUACGGCGCCGGCUCGGCCAGCCUGGGCUGGGGUGCGGGCGCAAACUCCACCAGUGGCGGUAGUGGGUUUAGCUCAGGGUUUGGGUCCAGCAUGGAGUCAAAGUCGUCUGGGUGGGGUAUGUAAAAAAAGAAAA